AUGUCGGUCGUGCGUCUCUACGGCAGCCGGCCGACGCAGUGCGGGUACUGCGCGGCGAAGAAGGAGUCGCGCCAGUACGUCCUCGAGGCCAUUUCUCUAGCCAUCGACGACUACCAAGCGCUCAUUGACCGAGGAUGGCGGCGCUCCGGCAUGCACCUCUAUCAGCCCGACAGAGACCACAUCUGCUGCGUGCCGUACACGAUCCGCCUGCAUGCGCCGCAGUUCACGCCCUCCAAGGCCCAUGUCCGUGUCCAGCGCAAGCUCGAUGCCUUCCUCGAGCACCGCCCUACUGGCUCCAAGAAGCGAAAACGCCCCGACGACGACGAGGCUGGGCCGCAGCCGAAGAAGACGUCGCCAAGUCCCACGUGUGCGAUGCUCCAGGCGCAGCUAGAGACCGUCGUGUGGGCCUACCUCGAGCCUUACAUCGACGACACGGCGGCGGCUUCAGCCAUCUUGCAGCCCAAGAUCCAGGUACGCCCGCAGCAAGUCUUGCGUGUUCAUAGACGCACGACGAGUGCAGGUGCGGCGCACCAAGGCGACAGCAUCCAAGAUGACCGAUCGAGGGACGUACACGUCGCCGGUGGCCCACGCGAUCAGCGCCUAUGUACGACAGCUCGCCGAUCAUCCACACUUCGCUCACAUGCACAUCCCAUGCCUACGUCCGUCUCUGCCGCCGACGUCGCAGCGGCCAUUGCUGCACGCAUGACGCUGCCGUCGAGCGACAUGUCCGUGUCGGCCGUCAACGGUUUUCUCAACUUUUGCCUUGCGGACGAGCCGGCGCCAGCAACCGCGCCGCCACCAUCGCCUCUGCCGGCACCUGCGUCCCGUCAACGUAGCAAGCGCGACUGGGUGCUUGAGACCGUCCGGCCGAUCAACACGCCAGAGAUCUACGACGUCUACAAGGCGUACCAAGCGCAUGUCCAUGCCGACACGGCCGUCACGCCGUCCUCGUUCGAGUCGUUUCUUGUCCAGUCGCCGUUGCCGGCGGUGCCGGGGUCCGCCGAAGGCUCGUUCUUUCAGCUGUACCGCCUCGACGGCGAGCUUGUGGCGGUUGGCGUCAUUGACGUCCUCGGUGCCAACUGGUCGUCCGUGUACUUUUUCUACAAGCCAAACUACGCGCACCUCCAGCUCGGAACGUACUCGGCGCUGCGCGAGAUUGCCCGCUGCACGCGUGGCUACUACUACAUGGGCUACUACAUUGGAAGCUGCGUCAAGAUGCAGUACAAGGCGCGCUUCACGCCGUCCGAGCUCCUCUGUCCCAAGACGCUGACGUUUGUGCCAUUGACACCCGACGUCCAAGCCCGCGCCGACGCCGACGCCUCCAAGGUCGUCCAGCUCGCGACCAGCCCGCUCGUCGCUUCGACGCCGCAAGACGACGACGUGAUCGAUGCCAUCGUGCUGGUCUUUCCCGACUGCGCUGUCUGCGUCAAAGACGCAAAAGCGUCGUUGCAUCCCGUCGUGCUCGAGCACCUAUCCGACUUUGCCGCCAUGGUGGGCCCGCACUUGGCGAGCCGUCUCCGCGUGCAAAUGUUCUAGCCCAUUAACUGCGUCUAGGUAGUACUACGUUUUAGGAGGAACUAUGUAUUCGUGCAGCACCAACAACCUUGACAAGAAG